GAAAGGGACACCAGCCAACAAUAGGCAGAGGCACCACUGUGCUAGCAUCCGUAGGCAUUUGUCUUGUUCUCCACUACGACCUGCGGUUUGUGCUUUCUGUUGUGGUGAGAAACACCGGUGGGCAGCCAGCAGUCUGAACUAUGGAGCAGAUCAAUGAUAUCCAGGUCGUUCCGUGCACCAGCUCCAAUUAUCUAAAACCAUUCAGGGUGCACUAUAGCCAGAAUGGGACAAAGAAAUCGUGGGACUUCAUGCGAACACAUGACAGUGUUUCGGUUCUGAUCUUCAACACCACCUCGCACUGCUUCGUCUUGGUCAAGCAGUUCCGCCCAGCUGUGUACAUGUGCGAGUGGGAGAGAACCAAGCCCAAUGCACCUGACUCUAGCGAGCAGGUGGCGGAGGAGAAAGAGGGGGCUGCGGUUGGGGGCGGGGAGACGCCCCCAGGCUCAGUGGGGAUGACCUACGAGCUUUGCGCUGGCCUGGUGGACAAGGCUGACCUGUCGCUGGAAGAGAUCGCCAGGCAGGAGGUAUUGGAGGAGUGUGGCUACGACGUGCCAGUCGCCAAGCUGCGGAGGAUCACCUCAUACAGGUCCGGUGUUGGCGUGACGGGUGCCAAGCAGACCAUGUUCUACGCCGAGGUGUCGGACGAGAACUGUGUGGGUGAGGGCGGCGGCGAGCCACAGGAGGGCGAAUUGAUCGAGGUGGUGAAGGUACCCCUCCACGAGGCCAUGACCUUUGCCUAUGAUGAGAGCAUCCCCAAGACCAUGGGCGUCAUCUUCAGUUUCAUCUGGUUCCACAACAACAUGUCGCCCAAGUACAAGAUCUCCACCAACGUUUAACCCACCCAACACCUGUCCCCUUCCCUGCCCCCUUCAGCCUGAGGUGGAAGUUGCAGUUAACCACAGAUCUGGGAUCAAUGACCCUAACCCCUAGGCCUAAUCUAUACAAUUAGGGGAUGGAGAAAAAAAUCUGACCCUUUGUCAGUGGUUAGAGAUAACUUCAAUCUACUCCCAAUCCCUUCGCCUUUGCCCGUAUCCAUAUAAGUUGGCCCCAGGGGGACUGUUUUUUUUUCUCGUUACUAACUGUUAUUUUUCAGAGGUUUGUCUCAUUCUUUUUUUUUUACGUGGUCUUUAGUACUUUUCCUCUAAAACUUGCCAUAUGCUGGUGGCCAGCAGCACUUUUUGUUGUUAGUUUUCACUGUAAAUGUAUUACCUUUUCCUCACUGAGAGGUCCAGGGUGCAAUUUCACGAAGAUGGCUACAUGAUAGUGCUCUCGUUUGGAGCUGCUUGUCUACCGUUGAUUGAAUCAUGUUCCAGGAAUGCAAAAAUGUUGUUGCUUAGUCAGCGCCAGGGCUUAUUACAUACAAGGGCCGUUGCUGAGUCUGUUCGAUUACUGCAGCUGGUUCAGGUGCGCCUUGCUUAUUUUCUCCACAAUCUACUCAGCCUCGAAGCCAGUGUUUCCCAGUCUUGGAGCGGUGCCGAUUUUAUCCUAGCCCAGCACUAACAAUCCUGAUUCCACUAAUUAGUAUGGCUUCAUGGUCAGGUGAGUUGUUGCUGGGCUAAAACACAAAUCUGCUCACCUUUUGGAUCCACCAGGACCGGGAUUGGGAAACACUUCUCUAAGCAAUACUUGAUAUCUGGUAGUUUGCUCAUGGUUUGAUUUUAAAACAAACAUUUCAGUUAGCAGAGGUGAUUAGAUAAGUUGUAAGCAUUGCAUUGAGUCCAGGGGUGUCACAGUAGUGUGUGCUCCUAUGAGGUCCCAUUAAGUUGUACGUUCGAAAGAGGCUUCUUUUAACUACCACGGGAAUAUGACCUACCUCUACAAUGGGGAGAUUUAUUACAGUAACUAAUGUUGUCACUAUUCUAGCAUCACAAUACUCAGAAUCACAAUACUCGAAAGUAUUGUAAUAUCAUGAUACUUCUGAGUAUCAUGAUACUGAGCAUUUUGAUAACACUAGUAACCACUAUAUCAUUAAUUGGGAAAUUGUGAGGACAAUUUCUCUCACAAUUAUACCUGCAUGUUAGCAGGAAGGCUUCACUGAUAUUGGCCGAGAUCAAGAGCGUUAUGUAUAUCUCAGACUGUGUUUUUGAGCAGGGUCAAUGGGAGUUUUGUUUUAGGAAACUGAAAACCUAGCUUGUAACAUGUAGGAGGAAGUUUAGCAUGCUACUUGUCCCAGCUUCCUGGAACAGCACCCGGAGCCCUUAGUGUGUUUUGUGAUCCCCCUUGUUGUUUUGAACCUGACGGCAGGGGCGGAAGAGUUUUGUUGAUACCAGCACCGUCUGUGAGGCUUGAAGUAAAAUGGUUGCACUUUUUAACCUGUGAAUCUGAGAGACAUGGCCCAACAGUUAGACAGACCCCUCUUUUCCCUAUGCCUGUUUUGGCCAGACCUCUUCAAAACACCCCCAUUUCCACAGAAAUCAACAACAGCAGCUAUCCAAGUUUAUGGUGGUUUGAAACUAGGGUUGCAAUACAGGUUUUCACAGGUUUUUCAGAUAUCCCGGUUGGAGGAUUCCCAGCUGGAGGAUUCCCUCCUUGAUGAUUCCCUUCAGUUUUACUGGAAAUCCUCCAACUGGGAUUUCAGAAAAACCUAAGAACUCUGGGAAUGGUUCUGGGAUUUGCAACCCUAUUUCUGACAGAUAGCGCUUAAGACAACAAUCAAUCUCAAAAGCACUUGCUUAACAUCUCAGGUCCAGACGGUUUCCCCCCUUGACAAGGUAACAUUCAGGGAUCACCAUUGUGCACCGUCUUAGCCAUAUACUUUUUAACCAUUGUGUAUGGUGGUGAUGUAGUGACAUUUCUAUAUAGUUUGCAAAUAUUAUGACCUGUUAAAGUCCUAAAUGGUGAAUUGACACAUCUUCUCAUGAAAAACCUUUCUUUUGGCAACAUAUUAGUGUGUGGAUUCAUGGCCCCUUCCACAAUAAGUUGUUAAAAAUCGAUGAAGCGGUGGUGAUAUAAGGAUCAAAACCAAAUAGUUAGCGGUUAUAAUUCAAUUUCAGAACGAUUGAAGAUAAACUAUUGGCUUAAAUAAGUAUCUUUGCUUCCUAACCGAAGGCUUAACAGCAAGGUCUAGUAGUUGGUAGAAUAAGGAAACAGCAAGUGUCACUUUCAAAUGUACAGCUAGCUAUCUAGUUUAACUUUGAACACAAGCUUAAGCUUUAUCUGAAUUGGCCUGUAAUUGCAUUCCGGGUGUCAUCAUUCCAUAGCCAGGUAGGUCUUAACUUAGCAGUUGAUGUAACAUCAAAAUAUUAUACAUGAACUUUGUUUACAUUUGUGAAGACUGGCUUGGUUUCCCAGAGUUGUAAAAGAAGCCAGUUGUUACAUUUGGUUGGGGGCAAUUCCAUGGUGACGGAUAACUCAGAUUUUUACUUUCAAAUGUAUACUUAACAAAAACCAUUGAUUUCAAAGUUUAACACAACUCUAUGCAUGAGGACUACUUUAAACAAUUUCCACUGAACAUUUUACAAAAACACAUUUAGAGGAAGAACUGUGUAGGUAAAAAUUUUGGUAACCGAGUAAAACUGAGGGAGAUUUUACUGUAAUUAUUUUACCAAACUUUAAUCUGCAGUUUUUCCUUUUUUUUACGUACUGUGUAAUUUAUUCAAAGCAGUCAUUGUGCAUAGAGUUUUAUGGUUUGUUACUUUGAUAUCAAUAGUUUUUGUUUGGCAUACAUUGCAAGGUGAAAAAUCUGAGACUCAGCGUAAUUCUGUCACCAUAGAAUUGCCGUUAUCUGAUUUCUUCUCAGACAGAGAACCAGUUUAACACCAGAAAAUAACGUAUUUUUUUGCCCAGCCAGCUGGUUUGAUGGUCCAACUGUUACAAGCCACAGUUUAUCUUUCGAAUGAACAAUUAAUCUGUAAGGCUCUUACUGCACUGUUACAUCAAACAUACAUUUCCUGACAGAUUUGAGAUGCAACUAAUACACUCUAGUCCACUGCUGUUCGCCGUGUGAGUAGCACAGCUGUUGUUCGGACUCACUAUUUGUGGGGAAAUCAGAGUAAAGCCCAGGUAUAUCACGUUGAAACGAGUGACCUCUAUAAUAAUGGUGUGUGGAUAGAUGGAGUAUGUCAGUAAUGAUGAUGCUGUUAGAUAGCAAGGUAAACUGUUAAAUCGUUUUAACCAGGCUUGUUUGCCUUACCAUAACAUUGAAAAGGGAGGGGGGGGGGGGCUUGAUCAAAGUCCUAUUGACCUCAAAAGGACUGGACUGCGGUCUUCCAUAGCCAAGGUGGGCCCUUUCACCUGAGCAUGUAGUUUUCCCAAAUUAUUCUUCCUCCCUCUAUUUGGAAUAAUUUGUCAAUCAAGUAUCAGGAUUGCAUGGUUUUUGCUGGAAUGGCUAGAAUUUAUUUUACAGAGAAAAAAAAGAUGACCCUAUACUCAUGCUAGUCAGCUUGAUAGUUUUACAGUUUAUACAAAUAGAACAGACACAUUUUUCUUUACUCUUUCGCUCUUGAAGGCUUUAACAUGUAUGAGUUUUGUCCUUCCUUUGCGCCGCUGAUUGAAUCAUGGUAAAUAUUUACAAGGUAAAAUUGGGUUAGGCGUUGAAGGCUAAAAGUGUUAUCAGGGAACUAUUGUAACUUAGUUGUCUUAACCAUUACUGUUUCUCCCGUAAAGAUGGAGUCCACUGUAUGGGAAACAAUGUCCGCCACUGUCCCCUCCAUGGACGUUGUUAUUGUUUGUUGCUUAAGUGGAGGUGAGGAGCGUUGCCCCAACGUGGUUUUAAAAAAAUGCAGUACAUAUUCUGAUGUUCUAUCGUGCGUGCAAUGAUGUCCGGAGGGGAAAACAGUGUUCGUUGUUUGCAGUGACUUCUUGUUGUUGUAAUAUCAAAAAACUGAUAUGACUGUUUAACCAUUAAGGAGCCCAGCUUUAAAUCUAUAACCCCAGACUUGAACACACUGUCCCCUCUGCCUUUGUUCCUAUGAGACAAUCUUUUAUUUGAUGUCUGCCUUCAUUCAAAUCCAGAUAGGUUAGAUUUUGGUAGAUUCAUUGACCAUGCAUUGUCCCUGCUAAGACAAAAUCUUAACUGAGAACUCCACCAAAAGUUGUUGUUGGCGCUUACCUCCUACCUUUUGGAUGGUCUUGAUUUGUACAGCUGUAACUCAUAUGUGUUUUAAGGACUAAUACUCUGUAUAAGUUUACAUAGCAGUACAUUGGUGCCUUAUGUCAUAAGGUAUCAAACCCUUUCACUGGCCCAAUCUGUAAUUUUAACAGCCUAGUCACUUUGUUUGGAAAAGUGAGGGAUCGGGCUUCGAAGUAACCCCUCUGAAAUUCAUAGACUGACCUACAGAUGCAAGGAGCGACAGUCAGUGAGAGCAACAUGAUCAUUUAAAGGAGAUAUUUUGUAGCUAUGCAUUGUUUACGACAAAGAUGAUACAUCAUGGAGUAAUACAAUUGUAUAUUUGGGGCUAUGAUGGAGUAAGACCGUUGUACCAAGUUGGGUACAUAUCAUUAAUCAAAGUUACCAUUGAAAGACAGAACAUACAGAUUGCGCCUUUAACUGAAACCUAUAAGCCAUCAACAGUUUUUUGGUGAAGAGUCCAAAUUUCUUAAAAACAUUGCCAGCACUGAUGGUCUCUCAAUCAUGUCAAUGCUGGAUACUACCAUAACAUCAUGCGGCGAUUAUACCUCCAUCACCGUGUGGCAAGUAGGCAUGUCACACUGCAUCAUUGUAGCGCAUACAGCAUCGAUGGCCUAUGUGAAGAAGAAAAACAACUAAAAAAAUAAUAAUCUGCAUUUCGCGCGUGCUGGCAUGCACGUAAGGCACUAACAUAUCAAACGUUCCAUGAAUAUCGGAAGUGUCCAUUUCAGUGGAGUUCUCUUUGGGAUAGAAUGCAUCUUAUAUCUCCCUUUCAAUACAUACUUGUUUGAUACCACUUUUUGGGGUACUCUGUCUUGAUAUUGCAACUCUUUUUUUUUUUUUUUUUUCGGUACCUUUCUGAGAGCAUGGAAUAUUGUUUUGUGAUUGAUGAGAGCAAGACAAAAAAUACAUUUAUUUUUCAUUUUUUGACAAUUCAAAUGCUUGACGAAUAUUUUCAGUAUCCAUUGCAAGCAACGAGGUUGUGACUAUCAGUUAUUGCUUAUGUUCUCAAGAAAGGGUGUUUAAAUUGUAGUUUCUAUUUAACGCCCCGGAUUUAUUUUAGUUUAUGCAUUUAUUGUCGGUUAUACUGCAAAGCAAUUUGUUCAAUUGUGAAUUUUUUUGUGUGUCUUACACGGAAUUAGUGUUUUCUUUGAAUUUCUUCUCUGAGAAAGGAUAUGGACAAAGUUAAGUGUCAAUGUUUCUUAUCAGAGUUUUUCUGCUUUAUUUGGAGUGAAUUCAUUGUGGUCCGUGUUUGAGUAAUAUUUCAUGUUUUAUAUGUUUAACUUGAUUUCGUAAUGGUUCUUUUUCAAAUAUUUCACAAUUUAAAAAAAACCUACUUAUGGCACUUGGUGCAAAUAUAUAUAUUUAAAUAUUAUAUUUUGCAUGUGCACUAACUGUUUCAUUGAACUGCAUUAAGUGUAAAUAAAAGAGGGUUGAUGCCUAAAUCAUG